AUAAUGACCGUACAUGGGAAGAAAGGGAAUUAGCUGCAUGGUUCACUCGCCUCAAUAUGAAAGCAAUACAGUGUUUUUUUUUUCUUCGACUUCCUAAAAUUAGCUGCAUGGUUCACUCAUCUAUUAAUUAGUAGAUAUAUAUGUCUAAUUACUGAAAUUAGUAGAUAUAUAUAUAUAUAUAUCAUAAUCAGAUUAGAUAUAUAUAGAUACUUUGUUCUAAUGACCAAUAAAUUAAUUUGUAAUCUACAUAAAGAUCAUUAAAAUAGUCAUGAUGAAAUCUUAGGCAAUUAAAUAAAAAUGUUGGAUUUCAAUAUCCAUCAAAAUUAAAUAUAUUCUCUACUUUAGUUAAGUCACUUAUAUUAUGGUGAGUUAAUCUUGCCUUCUUUACUGAAAUUGAUUGCUACAUUUGUUUGAACCUGUUGUUACUUUUAAGUCAAUAGGAAAACUACUUUUUCACAACCUCACAAGUAAAAAAAUACAAUCACUGAAAUAAGUAGGAAAUAUUCAUUAUUAAUGGAUAUUAUAUUUUUGAAUUUAAAAAAAAAAAUAGUUAAAAAUUCUCUUACACUAUUAGAAAACUAUAAAAUCUUUUAAAAUUUAAUGAUGCUGACAUCAAAUUAUUCUAUUUAAAAAAUUCUAUUCCAAUUUUAAUGAUUUUGUUUUGCUUCUUUGGAAUUGGCAAAGUAAAACUUCUUUAUAAAAGGUGAGACUAUCAUCUCACUUUUUGUCAUCUAUAAAGUUGUUUAUUAAACAUCAUCACAAACAAACUUUUGAAAUAAACCCAAAACAUAAAUCAAAAUAGGACGUACAGUUCUCACUUCUGAUAAUGAAUUCUUUGCCUGUGCAUCUCCUAGACAAUAUUCUCUUCAGAUUAGAUCUCAAAUCUCUGGUGAUGAUGCAAUGCACAAAUAAAUCCAUCAGAUCACAUAUAUCCGAUGAUCCGAGUUUUGAAAUCGGAUAUUCAUCUCGUGUCCGACUCAGUUUUUUAUACACUUUUAGCAAAGGUGCCCCUUUCGUCUUCUACCAGCCUUUUGGCUCUCAGUGCGAAUCUAUGUCAAACGUAAAAACAUUUGCUUCUCUCCAAGGAAUACACUGUUAUAUCCUCGGCUCCUGCUCCGGCCAUCUUCUACUAUACACGAAUGGCCUCUACGUCGUGAAUCCCCUUACAAAGAGGUUUCGACUCUUGGAUCACUCUGGUUCAAUGCUUCUUGCUACAAUAUUCAAUGGUCCCAACAACAAGGCUAAUAAUACAGAAGAGAGAGCUAUGUGCGUUGGUUUUGCGCUAGAUCAAAGUCGAGCAACCACCACCAAGAGAUUCAAGAUCAUCUGCAUACUUGAGACUCAUACGACGUACGCAUUUGAGAUAAGCGACGGAAAUUCGUGGAGAUUUUCUGAAACAAUCAUCACCACCACCAACUCAAAAAGUGAGCUCACAAAGCGAAUGAAACCUGUUUACUUAGAGGGCACUCUACACUGGUUGAGAAACGACGGUAGCAUCAUAGCUUUCAAUAUUGAGACAGAGCAAGCACGCUUUAUUCCCUCUGUAUUCCAUCCAGAACCAGAGAUGAAACUGCUUUUCACACUCGACGAUAAGAUCAAUCGUCUAACCUUAAUAUCUGGGACCAAAAACACAAUAUCAGUUUACACACUAACAGGAGAUCAUACCUCCAAGUGGGCCCUUGCUAGGCAGAUCGAGAAUGUACUUAUGACGGAAAGUGAGUUGAAUACUGGAACGUGGUUGCAUACGAUGGCAAGCACAUGGUGGUGAGAGAUAAAGAAAAGGAUGGUUCAACUGGUGUGGCUCAUGUGUACAACAUGGAAGAUAACCGUUGGGGAGCGUGGUGGCCAACCGCAUGUCAGGCCAAGUACAACCUAGACGUCUUUAGGUUUACACCCUUCUUUUCUUUUUUCGAGCAUACAGAGUUGGUUGAAGAUUCUACGAACGAACAUCUAGCUCGAAUUAUGAGACUCAUUGACACAACCAAGCGAAUAGAUAAAUUAUUUCUAAUGUUGGC